AUGCGUCGACCACACGAUGUCUCGAUUGAUAUGUGGAUUAAUUUGAGUGAUUUGAGACAAAAUGUGAAUGUAGUUGUUUGUCUUUCAUCUGCUGUCACUUUACUUAUUUUCAAUUUUAUUGGUGCAUUUAUCUUCGUUUUGGCUGAAAAAGAGAUGAAUGAGACACCAGAUGUAGUGGAGGAUGAUGCAGUUUCAAAAUGUCUCAAAAUAUUUCCAAUUGACAAGAAAAUCACGAUAGAAAUGAAGAGAAAAGCGGAAAAAUGUAUUAGAAACGAAUCAGAAUCAGUUAUCGACGAAUUCGGGAAAGCAUUCUACUUUUCAUGGACUCUUUAUUCGACUGUUGGAUACGGAAAUUUGUAUCCGCACUCAUCGAUUGGUCGAUUCAUGACUGCUUUCUAUUCACUUUUGAUAAUUCCAGUUUAUAUUGCAUUCAAAUUUGAAUUUGGAACAUUUCUAGUACAUGUUUGGAUAACUGCAGUGAAACAUACAGAAAAUUACUUUAAAAUGUUAUUCAACAGAGUUAUGAAUCGUGUUUUUGUUCGUGUGCCCAUCGAUCAAGAGAACUUAAAAUCACUCCAUCAUCGAGAUCGCUUCAUAUUCUUUUCAUCAAUAGUUCUCUGUUUGAUUUGUCUCAUUUCGAGUAGUAUUCUCUUCUCGAUUUGUGAAAAUAUCUCAUUUUCAAGUUCAAUUUAUUUCGGAAUCAUCUCAAUGUCACUCAUUGGAUUGGGGGAUAUUGUUCCGACAAACCUCAUCUGGUUCAUUGCAUAUUGCUUUUUCUUUCUGAUUACUGAUAUUCUAUCCAAUCAUUUUUUCUAUUUCUGCCAAGCUCGAAUUCGAUUUUUCUUCCACUAUUUCGCUCGAAGACUUCUACUCAAAGAUAGAAGAAAUUUGAAGUCUGAAUCUACAGUAUCCAUAAAAAAUGUACCUGUUAUCAAUAGUCAAUGUAUGCCUAGUCUUGCAAUGGACUGUGAAAGAAAUGAAUUAGACAAAGACGAAAAACUGAUCUCGUCUCUAUCAUCGUCAAAAAACAAUACAGUGAAAUCAAUGGCAAGUGAUAAGUCAAAACAGAAACCAGUUGUUCAUACUCCUCCGACUAAUUCUGGUCCAUCUGGAGGAGAAUUGGAAAAGAAAAAGGCACCGAAAGCUAAUGAACCUCAAAUGGCAGCAAGAGACGCCAAUGAUAAUGAGACAAUUAAUGAUGCAAAAUCAGAUUGGGGAGAGCUCCCGGCUUGA